AGACCGAAUACCUAUGUACACUCAUCCAUGAUAUAUGACGUCUCAUUUCGAUAAGGAACGCGAUAAGAUUUAUCGAGGAGGCGUGAUUCGCCACGCGUCGCGUUCGUGUUUUCAUCGUCCAACGAUGAUUACGCCCUCGUUUCUCGCAUAAAAUUUCUUCGGGAAAUCGGUAAAAAAUUCAACUCGAGCCUUUCAACAUGAUGUUGAAAGCUAUCGGAGUGGUGUUUCUUUUGGAUCGUAGCUGGUCGUUGCAACAGGAAGAAGCAUAUCAUUUCGGUUAAGAAAAAAUUAUUUUGGUUAUACGAUUGGCAAUUAUUAUCUCACUACUGUCAGAGGUUAACUCUGGGAUCAAACGUUAUCGCGAAGCGUUUGCAAAAUUUGUGGUAAAAAGCAACGAGGGGAAGUGAAUCCAUUGUUGAGUUCAUCAACGUGAAUCGAUCAUGCCUCGAUCUUGAAAUUGGAAAAAAACUUCAGGGAUCGGACAGAUGUGGAUAAGAGCUAGAUGCUAGAGGAAGACUGCGAUGGCGUCGAAGCCAGAAACGAGCUUGUCAUUAAGUCGUACUCGUUCAGUGAGAAUUGCACAGAGAGACGUAUCGUUGGCACGUUGAUCUCGGCCCUCCCGGACCAAUUGAAAUCGAUACUCACGGAGGCCGAAGUCGAGCAAUUCGCGUCCAGAAUAUAUUCCAGCCUCGUCUCGGACGGUAUCAUCGGAUCGAUCACAAUCGAUGGCGUCGCCCGGAACAAGGAUUUCGCGGAAGACUCGUGCGAGUACGGGGACACGCCAUCCGUAUCCGUCGGUUUAACUUCCGACCGGGUUUCCGGCAACGGCCGACNGACUCCGAGAAGGAGUUAUUGAAA